UAUUGAUCAGAGCCUUUCAAGGACAGUUCAACAACACAGUAAAAUCCUAUAAUCACACGCUGUAAUUAUGUGAUACUGUCAGAACAAUCAAACACCAUCAUAUUAUCAGAGUGAUGAAACUGAAGGUGUGGCUGCCCCUUAUAGAUGUUCUCUGACCUUUACAAUUUAACAUUCCUCAGUGUGUGACAGACUAUAUAACGAGUGUUUCCACCUGUCACAGUCAUCAGCUGCUCCUCUCUGAGUGACAGUCAACACCUGAGCAAUAAGAUGGCUUCUCAUUUCCUCCUGUGUCUCUGUUUGGCCAGUGGUCUGCUGGCUGCAGCAUCUGGCUGUGGAGAGAAUAAAAACCCAGCUUCUGGCUGCCCCUCCGGUUGGACUCAGUUUGGCUCUCGCUGCUUCAUCUUCUACUUCAGUGAAAGGAAUUGGAUGGAUGCCGAGACUUACUGCAUAUCCAUUGGAGGGAAUCUGGCCUCCGUCCACAGCGCUGAUGAACACUUCUUCCUCAGAUCCAUGAUAAAGAGAGUGUCAGGCAGAUACAGAGAGACCUGGAUCGGUGGCUUUGACUCUGUAGAGGACGGAGUCUGGAUGUGGAGCGAUGGAUCCAAGUUCGACUACAUUCGCUGGGCUUCUAAUGAACCUGACGUCUCCAAUACCCAACAACACUGCGUUGAGAUGAACAGGAACAGAAACUACUGGGGCGACACCAACUGCAACAGCAAAAAGCCCCACGUCUGCUCCAAGAACAUGAUGACACCGCCAUGAUGACAUCACUGCUGCUCUUUCCUAAUCUUAACUAUUGAUUGACUUUCACUUUGAUCAGCAGACAGAACUAGCACUCUGCAGACAGAUGAUGCUUUCUCAGGCGUUUAUUCUUUAAUUAUUCUUAAUACCAACUGGUCAUAUUAGUGUUUUUAAAAUUAGAAGGAAACUGUCGCCAGUAGAGAAAAAAGAGAAUCCAGUUUGAGGUUUUCAUGCUUUGUGCAUCUGCAGGGUUACAUGUGUUAGAUUGCAUAUAGUCCACUGAUGGUUGUUAGUAAAACUAAAGAAUAGUUACUUUUCUUUUGUCUAAAAUUUCAUUUUUCUCUUGAAUAAGCUGAUUUCCGUCAACUAUUUCCAUUUUUUUGAUUUUCACAUUGUCAAACUGUAUAUUUAACCAAGCAAUCACAAAUAAAAGACAUCCUGUCAAAACGC